GGGAGGGGGAGUGGAGGGAGGAGACGGGACGACGCGUGCGAUGGCGCUGAUCACGAUGCAUAUAAACCUGGAAAUUUCCCGACCAAGACGCGCCUAGGCACACAGGUCAUCGAACCGUUUCCCGGAUCGACAUUACAGCCAUGGGUCUCAAGGAGAUUGCGUUGCUCAGCGCGGGCGUUGUGGGGGCCCUGGCUAGAGGGGUCCCCGUCGAGAGAAGGCAGCAGUCCAAGUACUGUCCGGGAGGGACACAAGUCUGCUUCUCGGAAUACCUCACGCCCACGGACGACAUCACGCUCAGGAUUGCGAUUCCCGACGUCUCCAGCGCCCCCUUUGACAUCCUGCUCCAGAUCAUUGCCCCUGUUUCCACUACCGGAUGGGCUGGGGUGGCCUGGGGCGGCUCGAUGACCAAUAACCCGCUCACGGUCGCUUGGCCAAACGGAGAUAGCGCAGUUGUGUCGUCGAGAUGGGCAACUGGACAUUCUCGACCGGCGGCCUACGAGGGAGCCACAUACCAGGUCCUGCCGACCUCGGUCACCAACGCCACGCAUUGGCAACUUGACGUGCUCUGCACCGGCUGCAGCGAGUGGCAAGGCGCAUCGUUGGACCCCAACGGGGCCAACAAGCUUGCCUGGGCCAAGGGUUCCGAGGCCGUGACCACGCCGUCGAGCAAUACUAGCGCCUUCGCAUACCACGACGGCAAGGGUAGCUUCUCGCACGAUCUCAGCGCGGCCAAGAUCCCGAAGGACGUCUUCGAUUCACUCGUGAGCGACUCCAGCAACGGAGGGGAGGCCCCAACUGCCGAACCGUCCAGUACCCCUGAACCGACGACCCCUGAACCCACAACAACCAAACCGAUAAAGACCCUGCCGCCAACCACAGAACCAACCAGCGAGUCACCAACCAGCGAGCUGACAGCCACCAGCCCAGCGAGGACCACACCCACUCUCCAACACCCAACAACCUCGCUCAACAUCACCAUCACCAGCAACCUCCCAACAAGCAAGCCGACACCAACCUCCACCGCCGAAAUAACCAAGCCGACAACCACCCGGCGGACAACAACAACAACAACAACCACAACCUCGACACUAGUAACAACGACGAGAAGGCCAACGACGUCACGACCCAUAACAACAACAAGAACGACCAACCUCCCCGACGAACCCCUCACCACCAUCUUCGUCACAUCGACCAUCACCGCCACGACGGUCAUCACGUGGGACAUGGCGCCGACUGAGGUUGCGUCGUCCGUGACGGUGUGGACGUUGGUUCCGCCGCCCGUCAGCGGGGUGACUAGGCCCACUAGGCUGCCGCCUGUUAGGAGGCCGCCGCCGCAUCGGAGGCCACCGGGUGAGGAGGAGUGA